AUGUCAGCUUUUCGACAAACGCCAGUCCGUCUCGUUACCCGGCGCGCCGCCAGUGUCAUCCGCGGCUCAACGCGUCAAUUUCACGGCGUGGCCGUCGCACGCAUGCCGUACAAAGACGAUCAGGACCGCGAGUCUUUGAAGCCGCGCGCACAGGAGUACUCCAAGAGCGAGGGCGGCGAUCACGAGGCGGCCAAGACGGACGCCGCCUUCAACCCGGAUAAGACCCGCCCCGAAACUGAGAAGAAGGCCGGGGGAAAGCCACUUGAUGCUAGCCCAGCAAACAAGGACAUCUCGGCAGCCAAACCACAAGAGAACAAGACAUCUGGUCAGCAGAAACAAAAGGCCAGCGGAGGAGGAGGUCGAAAGUGA